GUCCGUCGUCUAUUCAAAAUCUUACAACCAGGACGGGACGCUUGCGACACUUGGGUAGCAUUGGAUCAUUUUUGCAGAGGAAACUAUGAGUGACCAUCGCUGGGAAUAUUUGAACGCGCCACGCUCGCUAUUCUAUUAAAUCACCGGAUUAAUACUACUUGGUUGAACCCUAGGCGUGCCAACAUGAGCGGACUACGAGGAAUAGUCAAGGAUGGGUGGCAUCCGAAAGGGAAAGAUGGUAAUAAGGAGAGCUGGCGGGGUGAUUUCAAAGGCAUCAACCAAGUCGCCGGAUGGGUAGGCAAGGGAAAGAGUAAUUCUGAUGGACGUGCUGAACAUUCAGCUCGACCGCUGGCUUCUCUGAAAGACCCAUCAUCCUUCCCUCCCCCGCCCAAACACAUAAACAGGUACGGCGGGGGUGGCGGGAUCUCCAGCCCAACGUCAGGGUUGGGUGCGCCUCUUCGCGCUUCAGAAAUCCAACCACUACGGCAGCGAGAGCAGAGGGAACGACAGGCUGAGGAAGCAGAACGCUCAAAGAAAGCCCCGCCUCCUGUGCCAUAUAGAGCAAACACCACUGGGUUAUCUACGGAUAAUUUUCUCCCUCCUCCUGCUCAGCGGCUCACCACUUCAACCGGAUCGGCGGACGAGUUACGAUCAAAACCAACCCCUAAACCAAAACCUUCCUUGCCUCCUAGGUUACCUCCUCGAGGUGCAGCACAUCCAUCUCCAUCUCCUUCUCCACCUCCAGCGUAUGAUUCUACUUCGAACAGACUGGUAUCGCCAGUAAACCAAGGGGCCAUUAGUCGCCUGGGUAAUGUUGGCGUCUCUGUCCCAAGUCUCGGCAUUAACAAGACAGACUCUGGUCAACGGGAAACAGUUUCCAGGUCGGUGGGAGCCGCGUCUCCAUACAGCCCCCAGAGCGAACUGCACAACCUAUUUUCUAGAAUGAAUACCUCGUCUACAAGUUCAACUUCACCUGCAGCAGCGGGACCCGCUGAGGGAACUACCAUGGAGCAGAAGCAACACGCAGUACGAACUGCUCACGCAUUCAGCCGGGACCCCACAUCGGUAUCUGCAAGUGAUGCGCGGAGUGCGGCGUCGACAGCAAGGAACUUCCGCGAGCGCCACAGUGACCAGAUAGACUCGGGCAAGAAGAAGCUGCUCCAGAUAGAUCAAAAGUAUGGUAUUUCAAAGCGAAUAAACAGUUUUAUAGCAGACCAGAAAUCCCCCGCGUAUCCGGAUUCACAACCUCCGCCACCACAUGCGAACGCCACCUACAAUAAUUCGCCUCACCCGCCCAAUGCUUUCAACCGACCUGAUCUGGAAGCUUUGAAUAAUCGCAAACCUCCUCCUCCUCCUCCCCCACCAAAGAAGCCGAGCAUGCAAGCUCUGCCUGUUGACGGACCACCCCAAGUAACCCCGCCUCCACCCUUACCACUGGGAACCAAACCUCGUUAAACCAUACGAGGCAUGGCCCAACUGCGUUUGAUCACAUAAUAAAGGCGUUUCUCGAACCUAAACUACUAGCGCCUCUCCUUUUGCUUUUUUGUUUCGACUUUUAUUUUCUUGUUGCUUUCUUGGAUUUCAUGCUUUGGAGGGGACAUUGGCUCUCUCUGGCGCAACUCGAGGCGAUAGGAGUUGAAGAGGUGUUUGGCAUAUCAUUCAAUUUUGCUGACGUGUUUUCUUUGUCCACUCUUUUUGCAUAUCACUAUUCUUGUGAAUGGUAUGGUUUUUUUUUUUUUUCUUUUUUUUUUUUUUUAAUAUCAUU